GACGAUGGAAUUUUCCAUUGAAACAAUGGAAGAAAGAUGUGACAAGGGCUGAUCCGAGUCUUAUUCCAACAUCAGAUCUUUACACACUUACCUUCGUUCACGGUCCAGCGUCUUUUCCAUCCUUGGCUUCCAGGAGAAAUCCAACUCGGCAUUGUCACCCGAGAACGUGCCACCAGAGGCGCAGCCGUUGACGCCUCCCCCCUUGUUACGGGACGAGUCAGGACAAGAACGUCAAACCUUGCCGCAAAGAAGCUUGAUCUUCUUCUGCUUCAGCGCUUCUUGCCUACAAUUAUUCAGCGGGGGUUCAGCUGCCGAUGCGCCGGAAGUGCAAGGGAACCGAGACACGGAGAAGUGGGAACGUCAACUCGCGGAUUUACACCUCAUUCAUUGAACGACACCAGCAAGCGGCAACGACGUAAAGGGUGGAGGAUAGGCGCCGCGGACACACAUCUCACCCAUGCUCGUCCUACGGUAGACGCAAGAUGAGUGCGCCCGAGUCGUACCAGCUCGAGUCCCUCGCCUCGGAUGCGGACGGCAUCAAGCCUGCAUCGCCGACGGCCUCCAUCGACCCGGCCAACGUGCGGUGGAUGAACCAGGGCGACCGGAGAUGGGAAGUCUGCAAGAUCGUGAGCCGUCUCAUUGGGACGCUGCUGUGCGCCAUCAUCCUCAUCAUCAUCAUGGCGUGGUACGGGCAUCCGCCGUGGGAUGGCGAUGGAGUCUGGCCUUGGCUGUGUCUGCCGGGAGCUUUGCCGUCAUUCAUGUGGGAUCUGGGAGAGUUCCUCACCAUCUGCGCCCGCCACGGACGCGGCAUCACGCCAAAAGCUCACAUUGGCCUGGAACUCAUCAUCUCCAUCCUCGGCUACAUUGGCGGAGGCUGGCUGGCGUUCCAACUAGGUAUCCAAGAAGACGACCAGAUAGGAAACAGCCCGCUGAACCUCGCCCUCGUGGCGUGUAUUUUCAUGCUCCUCAGCGCAACCAUCCACAUGGCACUCUUCAUCCGCGCCUGUAUAGAACGCAGCCGUGAAAUCCGCCGGCGCAGACCGCGCGUGAUGUACAUACCAGAAACAGGGCAAACAGUCUACGUCGUCGCCAAACCCUUUCCAAAACUACCGACGUGGAAAUCCCAACAAUCCGCACGCGCCCAAACCUCCCUCCGCUCAACGCAGAGCCCGCUCAGCAACUCCCUACGACACCACUUUCAACAACUCCAAGAAGAGAUGCCGCCGCCAUUACCAGACCGGCCCGGCGACCAGUCCCCUUCGUCGGCGUUGUCCAUCAAGCGGAAACCCUUACCGGGUGGUCUACCCGCGCGUACGUUCCCCAUGGGCGAUAGUCGGGACCGCCACCUCCGGCCGAACAUGCGUCCGCCGCCGGCUGAUUACGAGCCUUCUGUGGAGGAGCUGGAGAGGAUGAGACGGGGCGAUGCGCAGCCUCAGCUUAUCUUGCCGGGGGAUGUGGAUUUCAAGUUUGCUACGAGCGUGACUGGUAUGACGCCGGCUGAUGCGAGCGCGAGGGAGGGCAAGUAUCGGGUGAACAUGACGCAGAUGCCGGUGAUGGGGGAGUCUUCGAGGGGUGAGAGUGCAGGUAGGACGAGAUCUAUCUAAGCUUCUGUCUUUGUAUACCUUACUUGAGGAUACUCACAAGAGUGUAGACCUCACUCAUUAUCUAUGUAGCAUUUUCGCGAUUGGAAGGGACGGCGUUUGGGGACAUUAUGACUGAGUAGAACAGUCUCAUUUACGAUCGGGCAUCUCAUGAUAUUCUUUUAAUUCAAUCUUUUCACUUGACA